UCUCAUUUUCUUACAAACUUCAAACUUUUAUUUGUUGAUUUUUGAGCCAUUUGUUAUCUUUAAUCAUGAAAGGGAAAUGGGUACCAUCUUGGGUUUUAUCAGUGUGGUACAUUAUGCUUCUAUGUAGAUACUUCCAUAAUUGCUCUGCCUUUACUCUACCAAUGAAGGAACAAUCAUAUUUUGGUACUAUGGUUUUUCUCCUUGAUGGGAAUGUCUAUCCUAAAGGGUGUUAUCAGGUAGUACUCAAUGUAGGCCAACCCCCUAGACCUUAUUUUCUUGACGUAGACACAGGGAGUGAUCUCACUUGGCUCCAAUGUGAUAUACCUGGAGCCAAAAAUCUUCCGGCUCCUCACCAUCCUUACAAACCGAAUAACAAUCUUGUCAAGCGUGAUGAUCCGAUAUGUGCAUCCAUUCAAGGAACAAACCCUCCCGUUCACACUCCUACCGAUCAAUGUGACUAUGAGAUUGAGUAUGCAGAUCAUUGUUCAUCCUAUGGAGUUCUGGUCAGAGACGCAUUUCAAGUAAAAUACACUAAUGGUACCUCCAUUGCUCCUCCUCUGGUGUUUGGUUGUGGAUAUGAUCAAAAAGUGUCACAAUCUGGGCCUCCACCACCUUAUACAGAUGGAAUCAUCGGUCUAGGAAAUGGAAAAUCAAGCAUACUAUCACAGAUGAGUAGCAUGGGUUUAAUCCGGAAUGUAGUAGGUCAUUGUUUAAGUGGGCAAGGAGGAGGUUUUCUAAUCCUUGGAAAUGACAUUGUUCCGUCUUCUGGGAUUGUUUGGUUACCUAUCGUACGUGCAUCUACAGAGAAAGAAUAUUCUUUGGGACCAGCAGAUGUACUUUUCAAUGGGCAGGCAACUGGAAUAAAGGAUAUACCGAUAAUCCUAGACAGUGGAACUACCUUUACCUACUUCAAUUCCGAAGCUUACAAGACUCUCUCGUCUUUGAUUAAGGAAAACAUAGACACAAAGCAACUGACUGAUGCAGAGGACGACAAAAGUUUGCCCGUCUGCUGGAAAGGAUCAAAACCUUUCAAAUCUCUUAAAGAUGCUACGAUCUACUUCAAGCCAUUGACACUUAGUUUCACAAAAGAUAAGAAUAUUCAGCUUCAACUAACACCCGAGGCUUAUCUUAUACUUACUGAUAAGGGCAAUGUAUGCUUAGGGAUAUUGAAUGGUUUUGAGGCUGGAUUAGGAGAUGUUAAUAUGAUUGGAGAUAUUUCCAUGUUAGACAAACUGGUGAUUUACGACAAUGAGAAACAGCAGAUUGGAUGGGCACCAGCAAACUGCAACAAGCUUCCAUCGUUGUCCUGAAUAUAUCAAUCAUAGGAAGAAGCAGGCAGAUAGUGUGUCAGUGUCAUAAGCAUACCAAUGUUUGUAAUACAGAAAAUUCACUGUAAUCACCCAUAGAAUUAUAGAUUUAUAUAAUAGCAGCCUUAUAUGUGAUUACUAUUCUAAAAGCAGGAAGACUCAAAGUCAGAGUAAAGAAUCAGCAAAAAAAAAUGCUCUUGUAACUUAAGCACAUGAUAAAAGGGUGAAAAUCAACUGAACUCUUACUUUCUAGCUUA